AAAAUGUAAGUGAGCGUUUAGUUUAUGCUAUUGUUUUGGUUUGCGAACACACAUUUCCAUGUCGUUUGUUGGCAAAUAAUUUUAGUUUUUUUUGGAAUAAUGAAAUAGGUCCAAAAUUUUCAACAAGCUUCCACCUACUUUGGAUGAAGCAUCAUUAAAUACUAUAAAAUAAAGAAUCCAAACAGUGAUUGAAAGUGAAAUUAAUUGUUUUAAGUAAAACCUUCACGUCAAAAAUAUGUCGCAAAAUAACCGAUAUUGUUGCUUGAAUUGGUGUCAAAAUUUUCUUGGCACAACGGAUCCAGAUGUUAAGUUUUUUCGUACGCCAAGCAAUCCAGAGCUUCGAAUCAAGUGGGCAGAAUGUCUUAAUUUAAGUCCAUCAGUUGGAUAUCGUUUGUGCAGUCAACAUUUCAGAAAAGAGCAUUUACGUACGAACGGUAGAUUGAAACCAGGUGCAAUUCCAAUACCCGUAUCACGGACUGUCAAGACUGAAAUAUCAGAGGCCGCUCCAACAGAGUGUAUAGAAGUAGUACAUAUUGAAGAAGUUGAAAGUGCUCCAGAUCAGAAAGAAUUGUGUCACACUUGUAUUCAAUAUGAAGGGCAAUUAAAAGCGGCUCGUGAGCAGAUAGUGCUGUUGAAACACAAGUUGAUCGAAUUGACGACCGAAAAUAAAAUGCUGAAGAAUCAAAUUCUGCUUGAAUCAACUGAAGAGUUGAUCUGUAACGAAGCGUCACAUGAAGAACUCAUUCAACAGGCAAAACAGAUUUGGAAAAAGACUGAACCCGAUGAAAUGAUUUCUGUCAAUGAACUAAUUUUAAAUGACGGUCCAAUGUCACCCGCUUUGCUCAACGUUGAGAUGGAUGAAUCAACGUAUGAUAAGUUGUUGGUAGAGGCAUUGAACGAAUCUUCGGAAGAGAUGGAAGAAACAAUUGAAACAACCAUUCAACAAUCAAAAUUAGUAGAUGAGUCAAUCCAGCCGCCGCAAGAGAUUAGCAAAAUGUAUUAUCAAUGUGGAUCGUGUAAUAUAUCAUUCGAUUCACCACGAAAAUUAUCCCAUCAUAUAAGUCAAGUGCAUAGAACGACUCAAGCCCUUAGCUUGCCUAGAUCCAAGAGUCAAUUUCCCAAAGCAAAAAAUACGCCUGUCCUCAGCUUGCCCGAAACGACGAAAAUUGCCCGCAAAAGAAAAAGAGUAGAGCGGAUUUUCCAGUGUUAUUUAUGCGGAAUGAAUUGCAGUACUAAACAAAUACUUCGAGCUCACAUGUAUCUCCAUGAAAGAUGCCAUAAAUGCGACAUCUGUAAAACGGCAUUAACCCAAAACGAGCUAAAUUCCCAUUUAUGUGGUGAAGAAAAAACCAUUCGCUGUGACUACUGCCCAAUUGAAUUCACCGUAACAUUAGAAUUGCUUGAGCAUUUGGAAAAGUCGCAUGAAAAGAGGAAAUUUUAUCGAUGCGAAAAGUGUCCAAAAUUCAUAGCAUCAAUUGCUCUGAAGGAAACUCACAUGAAGUCACAUGAGCUCGAUGCACCAAAGCGAUUUAUUUGCGAAGUCUGUUCCAAGGCUUUUACAUCAAGAGUUAAUCUAAGAAGUCACCGUAGAUCCCACGUUAAGACAAAAUCUCAUCUCUGCGAGGAAUGUGGCCGAGGUUUUAGGGAUGCACGGAAUUUGUUGAUCCAUAAGGGAUCACAUAUUCAUAGUGAAGUGCCAACAUUUCAUUGUCCUCAUUGUACCAAGAAAUUUUUUCAAAGGGACAGUUUCGAAAGGCAUAUUGAGUCAGCACAUCGAGAAGAUAAAUACGUGUGCGAAAUCUGCCAAAAUGAACUUUCAUCAAAGAAUUCAUUUGAACAGCAUCUGAGAAAUCACCGAAGAACAGAUACGGACAGAAAGUAUGACUGCAAACUAUGCCAUCUGAAAUUCUUUAAACGAGCAACUCUAAACGCUCAUCAGAAAGUACACACUAGCGCAAGAUUGUUCAGUUGCCGAUUCUGCAAGCUAUCUUAUAAAUACAAAGGGGAUUUGAACAAACAUCUGAAAACUCAUAUUGGAAACAAAAUUCACGAAUGUAAAAAGUGCUUCGAGCUAUUCGAAUAUAAAGAUCUUCUAAAACACGAAAAUGAACAUUACAAACAAGAAAAAGAAGCGAAUGAAACGAACAAGUAAAGGCGAAUUUUCAUACUGAAGUUGGACGAUUUGGUUUCAAUAGCUAAUGAAUGUGAAUAGGAUCAAUAAACAUCAAAAUUAAGUUUUAAAAAAA